UUUGUCCGUCUUCCUAAAAUCUCUCUCUCCUCCUGCCCAACUAUAAUCUCUCAUCACUUUCUAUUACGGACUACGGAGUACUAAUCUCUUCUUAAUUUCUCAACAACAAAAAAUAAAAAAUAAAAAAAUAUCGACCGUGGAUCCAAUCAUGACGGUAGGAUUGUGUAACGCCAACCCGGUGGUCCACGCUAAGAAAGAAAGAGUCGCCCGCACCGAAUACAUUCUCCCUGCUACUGCUGUUGCUGAUGAUGAUGACUCAUCCUCCACCGUUGAUCCUCUUGAUGUUUAUGAUCAUGUUCGGGAUAUAAGAGAUCCAGAGCACUCAUAUUCACUGGAGCAGCUGAGUGUUCUUUCUGAGGAUUCAAUUACUGUUGAUGAUAAUCUUGCUCGUAUUUUGAUAACAUUCACGCCAACCAUCCAACAUUGUAGUAUGGCAACUGUUAUUGGCCUGUGCCUAAGAGUUAAACUCAAGCAUUAUUUCCCGCCACAUUAUAAGGUUGACAUCAAAGUAUCCCCUGGCUCUCAUGCAGAUGAAGAAUCAGUGAACAAACAAUUGAACGAUAAAGAGAGAAUUGCAGCUGCACUAGAGAAUCCGAACCUUCGCCAGCUUGUGGAUGAGUGCCUCUCUUCCAAUGAAGUAAUUAACUUCAAUUAGUUGCCCCUGAUCUGCUUCUCAUCUUCUGUUCCCUUACACAAUGUACAGUAAAAAAGCCCUUUUGCAACUUUGUAUGGAAUAUAUGAGAGACGGCUGGUAAUUAAUCAUGUAAUCUGAAUUUCCUAAAGCUUUCUGUAAGCUUAAGAAGUGCAUGUCUGCUUCUGUUUAAUAGAAGAUACCAAUUGAUAUAUCAAAAUCCAAAAGGGAUUGAAAUUUAGA